AUGGAGCCGUGCCAUGGAUGCAUCCAGGGCACCAUCCACGAAGGCCAACCCCAGGGCACAGAGGAACUAGUCCACGGCCUUAACACCUACGUGGUGGGCAACCGAACCAACCCGCGCGCCAUCGUGGUUAUGUACUCGGACAUAUUCGGCCUGCUGCUCCCCAACAACAAGCUCAUCGCCGAUGCGUAUGCCAAAAGUGGCGAGUAUCUGGUUUACCUCCCAGAUUUCUUCAAAGGCGACCCUGUGCCGCUCAAGGUAGCCGACGUGAUGAUCCCCGUUGAUGCAACCAGGCAGUCGACCUUUGCCAAGUACACAGGCCUCCUCGCCAGUAUGCCAACGUUUCUCAUGUGGAGGGGGAGGCACAAGCAUAUGUCGACUGAGCGGAUUUGCGUGGAAUUCCUGCAGAAGCUGCGCCGCAACACUCGCAGAGGCCAGAAGAUCGGCAUGGUCGGCUUCUGUUGGGGAGGGAGGUAUGCAGUCCGAGCCGGACUGGCCAGCAACGCAGUUGAGAUCGACGGCGAAAAAGUGCCGCUAGUGGAUGCGGUGGUGGCGCUGCACCCGAGCAACAUGGUCGUCCCCGUGGACGUCGAAGCGUUGGCCGUGCCUACAAGCUUCGGCUGGGGCGUCGAGGACAGUGUCGUGAGCUUUGACCAAAAGGCCAUGGUGGAGGAGACGCACGCCAAAGUCGCGGCUGCGGGAGGAAAGGUGCCUAUAACAGAGCACAAGACCUAUAAUCCCGGUCGCCAUGGUUUCGGUGUGAGGGGCAACCCGGACAACCCGGCGGAGAGGGCAUGCCUCGAAGGCACGGAGAAGCAAGUACUGGACUGGUUCCAGCGGUGGCUCUAGCAUGCGCCAAAUACAUAUUCCGUAAUCUACUUUUGUUGUAUCGAGGGAUGGACUCUUAUAGGGAUGUGACUUACAGGUAUAACCUGAGAGACCGACACGAACGAGAACUCGAGCGGGAACACCAGCAGGUCUUACGAUGAUAGCGGGAUGACGCCAGAAGAGCUUCGCUGGUGCGGCUCUAUGCGUGCUGCUAUGAGCUGAGUAAUUACAAG